GCAGUUUGAUAUUAAAUUACAUGUCAUAAACCUUGGGUUCAUAAAAGAGGCUCCUUUCUCACAUUAUCCAAACAUACAAAACCACUUCUCAUGGCGACCCAAUCAACUACUCUCCAGCUCACCCUUCUCUCAGUUGAAGGUUUUCACGUCAGAGGAAAACCGGCCAACACCAACGUCUUCGCGGUGGUUCGCGCCGACUCCAUUGCCAGCCACACGACGGCGACGGCCACGGAGAGCAACGGGUCGCUGUCCUGGGAGGAGACGUUUUCGUUGGAGGUCGGGCCUUACGCGAGGUGCCUGACUAUUGAAGUGAAGUGCAGGACGGGAGCGGGAGAGAGAGAUGUCGGCGUGGCAAGAAUCGCGCUUUCGGAUUUUCUAGAAAGGUCGGUGCCCGGCAAUAGAUUGCAGUUGUGCUACAGGUUGAGGGACUGGGAUGGGAGAGAAAACGGGACCGUUAAUUUCUCCGUCAGAGUGGUAGCAUCGCCACAGCCUCACGCCGCCGCCGCCGAGAAUGGUUGAGGUCGUCGUUGGGUGGAGUUGUCACCGGCGUUCCGUUUGGUUGAAGGAGUGAUCGAGAAGUAGCAGUAGCAAUAUUUGAUUGGUUGAAUGUGGUUGCAAUGUUUGGUAUCUUCUGGGUUUUGUUUGUGAUUAUUUGACUUUGAAUAUGUAGGAGCUUUCUAGGUGUUACUUGAAUGUAUUUUUAACUCCUUCUCUUCUGACUUUCUAUUUUCAAGUUAAAGAUGAUGAUUUGAUAUACACAUUUUUUUUUUA